AUGUUGCCUAACAAUGACAAGAUCUUCAUAAUGGGUGAUUUCAAUUCCCGAAUUGGUAACCAGGUAAUACCGGGGGUUAUGCAAAGAUAUAAUGAGGAAAUAUCAAAUGAAAAUGGAAAUAUGCUGCUUGACAUCUGCGCGCACAAUGAGCUUAGAAUUAACAACACAUUCUUCGAUCAUAAGGAACAACACAAAUACACAUUUCACAAUACAAGAGGACAGAAAUCUAUGAUCGACUUUGUGAUAACAAAUAGGCGCGUACACCCAAGUCAAAUAUUGGAUGUGCGAACUCUAACUUCAGCUAAUGUGGGGACACAACAUGGACUGGUGCUCUGUGAGUACCGCUUAAAACAAACAAAAAUUAGAAAGAAAUCACCCAUCUACAUCACUAAGUUCAACACGCAGUCACUAAGAGAAGAUAGCACGAGAGAUUUGUACCAGCGCAGAUUGAACGAGAAAAUUUCUCAGAACAUUAUAACUUUGGAGGACAGUGUAGACAUGGCCUGGAAUAAAAUCAAACAAAACAUAAUACACAGCGCGAAGGAAGCAAUAGGGCAAAACUCUUCCAAAAUAUCAUCAGAACCGGUGAAGUGCCUCGUGAAUGGAAAACCAGCUUAUCCGUACCAAUAUACAAGAAGGGCAAAAGAAAGGACCCUGAUAAUUAUAGAAACAUAA